AAAUGAUCAACUAUGUACUUAACCUAACAAAUAUGUGAAGGAAGCAGAUUAAUAUUUAAUAUUAAUUAUAAUCUAAUUAAUAAUAACUUGUAUAUUUAAAUGCGAAUGAGUGUAGAUGGAUUUGAUUCAAAUAGGUGCAAAUAAUUUUUGUAGGUUAACCCAUAACCUCUGGGAAAACUUCGGUUCGCAUCACCACAAAGAUAAUGUAGCUCACAAACCACUCCGUUCCAAGUUGUCCAAACUUCCGACUAAUGGAAGUGAGCGCAUUAAAACGGUGUUCACAACGAAGACUACAGACCUCUCACUUUCUACAACGUUUUUUUUUGUUGUAAUUCAUUCAUGUUUCUCAUCCCACACUGCAUCUGAACCGAACUGAGCAUGCUCGAGUUUAUUGAUCGGAAACAGCUGAUCCCAAAAUCCAUAUCGAAAAAAAUAAGGCUUGCCAUGUAAUUUUUACGAGAAGUGUCCUCCUUUUUUUACAUUUUUGUGCGGGAACGUUAGUCAAACUUAGCUAGCUAGGCGCCUUUUUUGAAGCUUUGUUAUUAUUUCGUUUAAAAUGUUGUGUGUUGUAAUGCCUAACGUAUACACAAAUACCGAAAUAUUUUAAUAAUGGAUUACAUUAAGGAAUUUGAUAUAAAAUUAGAUAAGGAGUUUUAUUAUGCCGGCGAAGAAAUUCGCGGCACGGUCUUCCUCGACACGACCGAAAAUUUUAAGUUGAAAAUGGUUCGGGUGAUCUUGCGAGGGAAGGCGCACGCCGAGUGGAAGGUUAUUCUGUCCGGUGACAGAAGAACGGUGAAGGACGAUCAGUACUUCAUCGAUGAGAGGCAGAUCAUUUGGGGUGAAAAGAAUGUCGAAACUACAGUUCCCAUACUUCCGCGCGGCGUGCAUAAGUUUCCUUUUCGUUUCGUUCUGCCCGAAUCGAGCCUUCCGUGUUCCUUUGAAAGUAAGCCGUGCUGUAUUCGCUACUAUAUUAAGGUGACUAUCGACAUUCCGUACGCGAGUCCGCCUCAGGGGAUGAAGUACUUCACGGUGAUAGGACCGCACAUCGACUGUAUGGACGAGCAGUAUUUGAAGCCGAUGGUAGGCCAAGACAAGCGAAGCACGUGCUGCUGGUGCUGCAAAAAGGGGACGGUCACGUUACGUUGCGUCCUCGAACGUUCCGCGUACGUUUGCAACGAAAGCCUCAAGCUGAAGGCGACCAUCGAUAAUCAGGGCACCGACGAGGUCAAGCUGAAAGUGCGCCUAAUGCAGGUCUGCGAGUUCUUCAUCGAUCGCGGCGUCCUCGGCGUCAACAAGGAGUCGAAGCAUCUCGUCUUCGAAUACCGGGGAAGCUGCGUUAAACCGAACUCGCGUACGAAAUGGGACAGCGCGAGUAGCCUGGUCAUUCCGACGAUGCCCACGACCUUGGUCGGAAUUUGUAGACUUACGCAAAUUUACUACGUACUGUCCGUAAGUCUGGACACCGACAAGGAUUUGGAUAUUGUCGAGUUGCACUUUCCGAUUACGAUUGGCACCGUUCCGUUUCGCAUUCCUAACUCGAAUACAACGCCGGCAGUAAAAUACGAGCAAGCGUGUUCUCACGUCGAAGGUGGACAAUACAUCGGGCCCGAAUUUCUGAUGGGCCAAGUUUACGACGGCAACGAGGUGAAUCGCGAGCCGAUCGUCCUCUACAAGCCCGUCUACGUGACGGUCGACAGGGCACGAAGUAAUAGUAAAUAAGGUUCAUGUCAAAAAAAGAAAAAGGCAAUAAACCCCCCAGGUAUUCACAGACCUCCAGAGUAUCAAGUGCCGUUUUUUUCGUUUUCUCUGUCAAGCGAGAGAUUCGCGUCGAGACGUCUGUGACUAGCGCACCUACUCACCGUCUACAGGGUUAACGAGUUAAUUACAUUUUUCUAUAUUUAUUAUACGCAGACAAAAGUGCCAAACGUUUCUCCCUCUGUUUGUUUUCGCUGUUGAUAAUGGAUCUCAAGAAGAAAACGUACAAUUGGAA